AUGGCAGUUCAAGAUAAUGAUUUCCUCCAAUGGCCUAAGCCCAUGAAAGCAGAUGUAAGCCGGAGAGAUCCUGACAAGUACUGCCAAUACCACUGCACCUAUGACUAUGACACCAACAGCUGCUACCAGCUAAUUAGUGAGAUCGAGAGGCUAAUCAAGAAGGGGCAUCUCCAAAACUUUGUGAAGAAACCUAAAGGGGAGAGGCCCCAGCAGAACACCACAGUAGAGAGGCCCCAUAGACAGGGGGCAGGGCCCGUGAAUGACGGCUCCAGCGGAACCGUAAAUAUGAUAAUGGGAGGGAUUGGAGGUUGGAUGAGUAGAAGAGGAAGGAAGAGAAGCCGAAGUAGGGAGGGGAGCAGUAACGAAGUCUUGCAAGUGGUAGAGCACUUCCCAGUGACCAUCUCUUUCUCCCCUGAAGAUGCUCAUGGCAUCCAAAUUUCUCAUGAUGAUGCUCUGGUCAUCGAGGCCGUCAUUCACAACUAUUGA